CGCUUUCAGACUUUCGCGCUCGGCCUGUCAGUGUAGGAAGUGCGGGACGUACAACAGCUGGAAGGUGCGACAGCAGCAACAAGAGGGGGAGGCGAGGUGACUGAACGUAAACAAAUAGUAACCCUGCAGACGGGAUUGGAGAAGCGGAGGGAAAAAGCUGGGGAGAAGGGAGACGCUGCGGAUAAAUGACAGGGAGUUGAAGAGGAGUCUAGUGACAGACACAGCUCAGAAUGGGACAGCUAUUAGACCUGGAGAAGUCAUCUUUAACGUGUCAUGGUUUUUCAGCCCAUGAUGACAUGAAUCCAAGAUUACCCAGACUGGGAGUACGCUAGGAAACAUCAUUGCUGCUGGAGAAAGAUAUCUAAAGACAAAUGAAAAUCGGCCAACGUGUGAAAUGGAAGAUCUGCAGCUUGAUGUUGACAAUGGUGACUUCCCCGUUUACAUUCCACAUUCUGACCCAGGGAGAACUUUACUUUAUGGGGAUAGUCAGGAAGAAAUUACCAAGGUAUGUGCCCAUCUUGGUGUGCCCACAACAAAUGUUGAUGCCCAUGCCAGUGAUACACUUGUCUGGUGUAGACAAGAUCCCAGAUCAACACAAGGAAAUGUAUUUGAGUCAAUUAAGCCUACUGCUGUGCCCUGUGAGACUAGGAAUUAUUUGUGUGCUGAGACUGUAACAGAUGAGGAACAAUUUCCCCUCAUGUCUUUGGAACCCACCAGCACGAGGAUCCAAGAUAAGGAAAAGGGCAGUGUGGCUACCGAUUUAAUACUGGUGAGUAUGCUCCAGGCUCAGCUGUGUAUGGAGGAACUUCAAGAUGAGAUUGAUAAAAAAGAGAAACCAUGGAGAUCUCCAGAGACUUUCCAUUACCAAGAAAAAGGUUCAUUGACAGGUUUGGACCCAUAUAAUGAAGACCAAGAGGAUCAUAUGCAGGAGAAAGCAGAUCUGAAGGGUGGUCAUGAAAACGAUGAGGAUUGUGAUGAGGAUGACGAGGAGAUACAAGACGAAAGUUUGUUCUGUGAAAAUCCUUUAUUUAUGGGCACUCCACCUCCACAGCCUGUUCAUCCCCAUUCACAUACUUACUUAGAUCUGAGGACUACCAGGAAUGGCUUCAUCUCAUGUGAUGAGGAUAAGAACCUUGCAGAUGGAUUAGAAUGUGGUCAGACAUUACCAGCCACGGUUCUUAAUGCUUGGGACAAUAAAGAUAAUUCUUCAAGCCUGUAUUCUGAGGGGCAGGUGAUGCAGGCAGCAGAAUCAUUGGAAAUCCUCCAGAUAGUUGAAGAUUGGGAGCAAGAGGAGGCCUUAUCCAACACCCUGAGCAGAUGCAAAAGGUCUCCACCUGUUGACUCUCACUGUAUUGAGGAGAAGCCAGUGUGUAGUUACAUGGAACUACAGUGCACAGAACCUUCCCAAGACCAGAGCAUCUGCUCUUCUCCAGGCCUCUCAUUCCUGGACCAGGUUAAUACAAAGUACUGCAAAACCAGAAACUUACCAGCUGAUGAUUGUUUGUCCGGAACCCCAGUGCCAGAGCAGGUAGAUAGAAAUCAGAGUUCUCCUUGGCCAGAGGACACUUUACCCGUAGAUGCCCGUACCUCCUUCCAAAGGGCAGAUGAAGUGGAGGAGGGAUUGCUGUUUUCUCCUUCAAGUUCAUUCCUGGUUUCAGCUUUGUUCAUACCAAAUGACUCCGAUCACUAUGUCCAAGCUCCCCUGGAGAAUCCACCUGCUCUUCGUCCUCAGGAAAUGCCACUAGCAGAGACUAGAGACCAUGACCUGGGAGAUCAUCUCGUAUGCCAAGGGUGUCAAGACAAGGAGCAGGCAGUUAGAACAUUGGCAUCAAGAGAGAGGGAGGAAGAAGAGUCGGUGGUACUGGUGCAGCAUCAGUAUGGACCUGAGAUUAUCAGUGAGGAGCAUCAGGAUGGACCUGAGAUUUUCAGUGAGGAGCAUCAGGAUGGACCUGAGAUUUUCAGUGAGGAGCAUCAGGAUGAACCUGUGAUUGUUAGUGAGGAGCAUCACGAUGGACCUGAGAUUGUCACUGAGCAGAUUAAUGAAGAACCCACACAGAUACACAUGGAAACAUCUGGUUCUAAGGAGGUACCCAAUGGGCACACUGUUCCAAACGGAAACAGUCAGGAUCUUGAGGCAGCGAGGAGACUGGCAUCAAAACUUUUUAAGUUGGAUGGCUUUGAAAGAUCCCAGGUGGCUCCUUAUCUUCAGAAAAACAAUGAGUUCAGUGCUAAGGUGGCAGAGGAAUAUCUCUCCUUUUUUGACUUCACUGGAAAACCUCUGGAUGCGGCUCUCAGGUCCCUCCUGCAGGAACUGGUGCUGACUGGGGAGACUCAGGAGAGGGAACGUGUUCUGCUGCAUUUCUCUAGUCAAUUCCACAGCUGCAACCCCAAGGACUUUGUUUCUGCUGAUGCUGUACACACGCUGACCUGUGCAAUCAUGCUGCUGAAUUCUGACCUACAUGGGCAGAACAUUGGCAAGAGUAUGAGCCUGCAGGACUUUAUCAAUAACCUGGAAGGAAUGAACGAUGGGUCUAAUUUCCCCAGAGACAUACUCAAGGCGUUGUAUAACUCUAUCCGUAAUGUUAAGCUGGAAUGGGCAAUAAGUGAGGGGAACCUCGCAAACACUCUGGUGCCGAAGCCCGAAAAUAAUCUUUCCUCUCGCAAGAAGAGUAAUCCUUUCCUCGAUGUGCUUGCCCCAGAUCCUGACGCCCCUAUUUACAAAAGUGGGACAUUACAGCGGAAGGUUCAUGCAGACAUAGAUGGCAAGAGGACUCCUUGGGGAAAACGAGGGUGGAAGUCAUUCUAUACGGUGUUAAAGGGAAUGCUACUGUUUUUACUCAAGGACGAGUACAGGGCAGACUGGCAGUCACCAGAGGAAGUGAUAAGUUUGCAUCAUGCCUUAGCAGAACAGGCCAAUGAAUAUACCAAGAAACAGUACGUGUUCCGACUGCAGACUGCUGACUGGCGAGUCUUGCUCUUUCAGGCGCAGACUGCAGAGGAAAUGAAUUCGUGGAUCCAUCGAGUAAAUCUGGUAGCUGCCAUGUUUUCAUCACCACCGUUCCCUGCCGCCAUCGGCUCACAGAAAAAAUUUGUCCGUCCGAUCCUUCCCUCAACUCAGUGCAAACUAGACCUGGAGGAGCAGCUGCAGUCACAUGAGACCUGGAUGGAUACGUUUACUGAUGACCUGACGGAGCAUCAGCGCAACUUGCCAGACGGCAAGAGCAAAACUCGCGACUGGGAGGAUUUCCAUGUAAAAGAGGAGUAUCUCCGCUAUGAGAAAACCAGGUACGAGACUUAUGUAAAGCUGCUGGCCUUGCGCAUGCAGGGAGGAUGUGAAGACAUCGACACGUGGGAGUCCAUGCUUACAGAACCCGAUGGGGCCAGCGAGGAGACCAAUGGGGAAUUAAAGAGGUCCCAUUCAAGCCCUUCACUCAAUGCUGAAAGUUCCCCAGUGGUUGUAAAGGUUAAACGCAACAUCUCGGAACGUCGGACUUACCGGAGGAUCAUCCCCAAGCGUAAUAAGAACCUUGUCUGAUUAAAAUACCUCCUGCACUAUG